CGAUCCUUCCCUCUUUUCGAGUAGUAGUCGGUUGUCAGGGCCGAUCGGCUUUUGUUGCACCAGCCUGUUCUUUUUUUCAAAGAUUUCCUCGUUCAGCAUCGUGCAUCCUUCUGCUUAUUCAACGUUCGAAUCUCCUUUUAAGCAAGAUGAUAUUUGGCUUUGUUUGAAGCCCUUAUCAUGAGAAAUUACCUAAAUAUUGAUUUUAUUAACAUAGAGGUUUGGUGUUCAUUAGUUAGCUUGGGAUGAAUCCCGAGUCGAUUUUGUUUUAAUGAUCUCACCACUAGCCAAGAGUGGUUAUUGCAAUCUUUAAAGCCUUCAAUUUAUUGUAAUUUUUUGUACAUGUAGUUUAUUUUUCAAGUUGUAUAUCGACGGUGACUGAUUUUAUCAACUGUUUUAAGUGCCUUUUUUUGUUUUUUUUAAAUGUGUCCGUGUCCCUUUCCUCGCGCGGCAAAAGAUUUGCGUUCUUCUCAGAUGGGCUGGGCCUCAAUAGGCAGAAAAAGGCCUCGGCGCAACGGCCCUUCCCGCGCGACUGCACUUGCACACGCGGCGGAGAAAUGAAAGCGCCAGCGGCUAGUGGAUAAGCUAAGCUCUCCCUCUCGCUGAGCCGGCUGUUGCUCUCCCCACAACCCCGCGCGCGGGGGAGCGAUAAACCCUAGUCUUCGCCGUCGUCGCAGGAGGACCCGCGAUGUCGCACUUCGGGAGGUCAGGCCCGCCGGACAUCCGCGACACCUUCUCGCUCCUCGUCCUCAACAUCAGCUUCCGCACCACGGCCGACGACCUCUUCCCGCUCUUCGAGCGCUACGGCAAGGUCGUCGACGUCUUCAUCCCGAGGGACCGGAGGACCGGGGACUCGAGGGGUUUCGCGUUCGUGCGGUACAAGUACGCCGACGAGGCGCAGAAGGCUAUAGAUCGGCUCGAUGGCCGUGAUGUGGAUGGGAGAAACAUCAUGGUGCAGUUUGCAAAGUACGGCCCCAAUGCUGAGCCAAUCCGCAAAGGAAGGGUUAAAGAGGGGGUUGAGAAAUCACAAGACAGAUCAAGAAGCCGCAGUCCAAGGCCAAGAGAUAGAGAUCAUAGAAGCCAAAGUCGCAGCAGGAGCAGAGAAAGGCAUGUCCGUGAUAGAGACAGGGGCUAUCGUCGUCGGAGCAGAAGUAGAAGCCGAAGUCUUAGUUCAAGCCCUGACAACAGAAGUCAUCAUAGAGCAAGAGAUGAUGAUAAGCGCAAGAGCAUGAGUAAGAGCAGGAGCAGGAGCAGGAGCACAAGUAGAAGCCGCUCAUACUAUAGUGCUUCACCUGCCCGGCACAGUGCUAGCCCUCGCAAGAGCCCACCGCCACAGAGGAGCCCCACUCCUGCAAAGCAUGCCAAUGGAAAAGUAGCACCUCUGUCACGCUGUGUUUCUCCAUUACCGAAGCGUGCAACCUCCCGCAGCCCAGGCAGUGAUGGCAAGGCAAUUCACGUCAGGAGUAAAGCUUGCUGAUUUGGUGAUGCCUAGAAAACAGCCUUCUCACGGAGUCACGGGAUUGCAGAACCUUGAGAAGGUUGAUUGAGCACAAUGGAAGUAGCAGUCUGCAAUCAACCGCGAUCCAAGGUUGCUAGUUCUUUUAAUGGCUUAUAGAAUUGUGUUUUCCAGUUGUCAAAAAUAUGCUGCUGGUUUGUAUUUUUGGCAUAUACUGUGUUUUUAUACCCUUGCACUGCAUCAUCUACUUUAUAUAUGCAUCAGUUUCUCGAAACCAUCAUAUUAAUUUGUUAAAACAUUUGUGCAUAUUCUAGUUAUCUGUUCGUGAGAUGGGUUGCUGUUUACUGGUAGAACGGUAUUGCACGGGACCAACUAUGGUGGAUGAUGUCUUGCUGUCAUUGGUGUUGAUAUGGCAAUGGUGCAGCUGAUGUGACGAUGCAGAUGCCGAUGCUGCUGACAGUGACCAUCUUGUUUGCACAAUGAUCCCUUACAAGUUAUGUUGGUUCUUAUCCCCCCUUCUCGCAGAUGCUUUUGCAUCAGUGCUAGUUGGAACAUGGUGUUGAGGGGUUAAUUAUGACGGGCAUGGGUCCUGUUUAUCAUGUGGUGGUGUUGAGUGACUCCUUUUGCUAUCUGUGGCCCUAGCUUUAUUCAUUAUUUGAAGCAACCAUUAAUAAAAUCCAUGAACUCAAUUAUUAA